AUGGCAAAUAUUGGACUUCAGCCGAACAACCCUACCGACUGGCAGAAGUAUGCCACCUCGGAGGCCGUGACCGCAAUUCCUCUACGAGAUGGAGACAAUAAACUGGCAAUCCACCGGGGCAUCUUUCUGGACGCAUCAGUUGUCUUUGAUCCUGGAAUGCAUAAUCUGAACGUCUAUACCGAUGUUCUUGCUUUCAUGACCGAGGAUAUCACCAUCAAUCCCGCCAAAUACGGCACCGUGAAUAUUGUAGCCAGGGUUUUGACCGCGGCCAAACCGGUCACUUUACGCGUCCCCUCAGGCGAUGCGGCCACUAGUGCUAUCUCUAUUUAUUCUCGUGUGCUAGAUCAGCCUAUAUCAGUCUGUAUAGGUGAUUCCAAACCGGUAGCGCUGGAUCUCGGCGCGGAUACUGACAAUGUUGGAGCAGCUGUAGUCUUCGAUAACGGCGAGGUGGUCGUUGAAUAUCUCAAGAAGCAUCCUUACGAUAACCAUCCUGAGCUACAAGCCAGUCUCGAGACCGAGCUACGGAUUGCGUUGAUUCAAUUUUGGAUCAACAGCUCAAUUGCCAUCUCCAUCUGCUCUUAUGUGGCAGUCAUCACGGCGGGUCAGAAAUCCUACACGAUGCUCAACACACAAGCCGUGGCCCUGGGCCAGCAACUUGCAGGCCGAGUUAUGGCGGGCCAAAAUAUGACCUAUGCCCCUGUGUUAGUUUUAGACACAUACAAGGACACCAUGCAACUGGCGCUGACAGCUGCCUCCGCAUUUGAGACUCAGUACGAUCGCUUUCAGGAUAAAGCAACGUCUCUGAAAGAGCAGAUUGAGGCGUGGAAGACAAUGCUUGCCAAAGCUACUGAUAGCCAAACAAUGCAAGGCAAACUGCGUGACUCGGCAUACCAGAAGUACCAGGACGCUGCUAAAGCAGCCGACAACUGCGACCAACAGUUCAGGUUUGACAAUGACGCUGUACAGAAUGCCGGGGUACAUUUUCAGGAUGGCAUAGAGAAAUGGAAGUUCGAGCAAAAACUCAAAGCAAUAAAAGAAAUCAUCACGGCAGUCAUUACAUUCGCUGUUGGCAUUGGUGAAAUGUGCGUCGGUAAUCCGGCUGGAGCUAGCGGAGCAGAGAAAGCCGUUGAGGCUGCUAUGGAAGCGGAAAAAAUCGCCAAUCAAGUCGCUGCAAAAGUAACCUCCGGGGCAUUCAAGAAACUGAAAGAGGUUGUCAAGGCACUGGGCAAAUUAUAUCCAUCGGUGUCUCAAAUGGUCAAGGCAAUCAAAGCUCUUGAAUCCAAUCCUUCUGUCGAUGUUCCUUCCAUCGCUGAAAUCUCGGGCACGACAAAGGGGGAUGCAGACUCCAGUGCUAUUGCUACCAUGGCAGCGUGGGACAUUUGGAUUCUUGAAUCAGAUGACCAGAUGGCCUUCGCAGUUACGGCUGGAAUUGAAGGCGCAACUGCAUAUCAGCUUGCUCUGCGAAAGCACGCAAUCAAUGGAAAGCAGCUGGUCCAAAUCCAGGCUGAAGCUGUUAAAGCUGGGUAUGAGUAUGUUCAGGCUCAAAUGGAACUCAAUCGUUGCACAAAACAGGUGGAAGAUCUCCAAAGCUUGAUUGACAGCUAUACAGGACAAGAGGACGUCUACCUCAGAGCCGAGGUUCAACUCUAUGAUCGUCUAUUGGCUCUCAAAACGGGUGUGGUGAUUGAGCUACAAAAUAUGGUUUGGGCAUAUCGAUACUGGGCUCUUUCAGAGAACAAACUUGUUCUUAACGCCACGAAAUCCAUUGAAGAUUACGACAACGAUCUUUAUCAGAUCGCCCGCGAUAUGGAGACAAUAGAUGAGCAAUAUCCCAGCGAUUUCCAAGGCUUCACGUACUAUGAUGAAAGUGACAAGCUCCCAUUUAACUUUGGAGAAUUGCUGGUCAAAGGCCUUACAGGCGGAACAUACACUGGUAGCUUUACUCUAGCCCCCAACAAAUCUUUGGCUGGGGUUUUCUUCGGGGGUUCUCACUACCGGCUGAGCGGCUUAGAUCCAACUCUCAGAGGAGCUCUUCCAGAGAAGAAAGCCGUCAAAGAUGGCGUGGUGAUUGUCCACUUGCAAAUUACCACAUCUGGAAUAUACGAAGAUAUACGAGGUGGUCAGAUAUUUCGCUUUGCAAGCCUUCCCCAAUCUCGCCAGUGUUCCUACGAGCUUAACGAAAAUGGAGAAAGAGGAAAGACGUGGGAUAAUCCCAUAUUUGAAACUAAAUAUCACGCCGAACCUACUCCGUUUACGCAAUGGGAGAUAAAGGUUCUGAAUCCUGAAGACGUUGACUUGAGUGGAUUGGUAGGAGUUGAUCUGAAAUGGGAAGGACAUGUUCGAUUUGCACCGAGUCAACUCUUAGGAGGAAAGUCGAAGGAGUAA